AUGAUCGCGGUCACGUGGCAUCAUGAUAGUGAAUUUGGCGUGGUUGCCGUGAGGCAAUGGCGGUGCCGAACAGAGAUUGCCAGGGGCGUGUCCGUGGUAGUGUGGAGUGGAACCCAGCUCGUGGGGUUUGUAAAGAUUGAAACCGUGGAGCGCGCUGCUGCAGUUGUGGUUUUCUGCCAAGUGUCCUCCAUCUGUUGGCCAUCUUGCCGUGCCAUCAGUAACAUGCCGUGUCCAUGCGACGGCGCCCAGUGCGUCGACACAAAUGGGUCCCAAAAUGGUGCUAAGCCUUGCAUGAGUCGGCUCGGUCUUAACCAGUGA